GAAAAACAAACAAACAAAAUCAUCGCCUGAACCUGGUUGAGUUCAUUAUGCUUGCCACUGCAAAUGCAGAUAGCCUCGAGAUUAUCCAUUAUUUAUUUCCCGCGAUCGGUCAUAUAUUUACCCGAUAACCAUCGAGCCUUAUCAACUCCAAUUCAAUUCCUGCUCCCAUUUCGGAUUAGCAUCGAUAGCACGGGGUCAGAUGGGAGAACAUCAAACGGAAUUGAGCUUUCUUACUCAACUUAUAGCCGUUUUUGUUGGUUUAGAAGCAUUAGUUAAGUUAAGACACAGUAAGUAUGCUUCUCCGAAGAAGGCACUGUUGCCAUUGACAUGAAUGGGUGAAAGUGUGGAUGCCCCUGAAGAUAAGUAUUUCCAAGCAACAAGCAAUGCCCUUCAGCACCAACAUACUAAGUUCGAAUGCCGGGGAACACGGCGACUGGAUCGCCAAGCAGUCCAGGAAAAGAGGCAUUCAACAGCGGCAUUCAACAGAAAUAUUCUAGGAGUGCCGGGCUGAAUUACACCGGGCAUACAUGUGUGCGCUCAUUAUGAGUUCCGACUUCGAGUGCGCCAACAAGCCUUUACAAUAAAUCACUUGAAAAGGUAUAUGUGAAAUCAAUGUAAAGCACUUCAGUCUAUCAAGUGUCCAAGCAUGAAAAUUGACGUACAUUUUGAUAUAUGGGUAUGCGGGCGGGAGAGCUUAUUCAGUUUCAGUGACUCGAUUCGCUGUGGUUUUCUGUUUUCCUGCCCCACCGGCGUUUCUAGUUUUAGUGGGGAGGUUCUUGAUCGACGUGGAACUCCACUGCGUGAAUGUGGAGCACGGAUGGAGCAGCGGACACGGCGUGCAGAUAGCGAUCCGUUCGAAAUAGCUGGAGUGCUCGAAGCUUUGCUUUUGCCUUUUCUCUGUCUGCGUUGGGAAACUUUCCAAAGUGCAUUCUGCAGUGCCAAGAGUGCCCCGCACUCAAGUGCCACUGUCCGCUGUUCGCUGUCCGCUGUCCGCUGUCCGCUUUGUCCGCUACAUGACAAAUGACAAACAACACACUUGCCGACCGUGCAGUUUCCAUAUCGGAACAAUGUUCCACUUUGGGCCGCAGUUAGAGUGCAGUUAGAGGGUCAGACAACUUUGAAAUGCACUUCAGCGUAUUGGGAACUCGAGAGCGUGUGCGUUCUGCUAAGGGUGCCGAGGGAGGGGGGCUGGUUUGCCUUCACUUGCAAAAGCAAAGGCAAAAGCUACUCUAUGUUUCUGCUGUGCACUUGCGCUGCUUGGCAUCGGGAAAUCUCGAAGGCUAUAGAGUCUUCCAAUCAAUUUAACACGGCCUUCCCCACACGCUUAAUCUUUCGACAAACGCUCAUUGAAUGCUAGAAGGGAUCAAGAAGUGAUCCCCAAAGGGCUCAUAUCGCCCACCAGCUCAAAAGGUGUCCCCAAAGGUGUCUGGCCCCCCAGAGCGACAAGAUGUGAGUAUACAGAGAUACAGAUACAGAUAGAGAUACAGAUGGCUGGCACAGCUCCUGAGAUCGCUCACAAAUAAGGGGCGGUCGAUGGGGCGGCGAGCCGAGCGAUAAGGGCAUAAACAAAUAGCUCGCGGCCCAACCACCGAGUGGGUGCGAGUGGGACAAACAGAGUGGCUAGAGAGGGCUGGCCGCCCCACCUGGGCGGUGUUGUAGUGCGGUAUAGCAGUGCGCUGGAGCUGGCCCCCUGAUACGGGGAUACGGUGAUACGUCGAUACGAUGGUACGCUGGUACGGUGGUAAGGUGGUAAGGUGGUAAGGUGGUGCAAACGGUAGCCCAUUCUCGCGCUAGAUAAGAAUCGAGCAAGAAGAGAGGAGCGGAGACGAAGCCAAGCCAAGCAUGUUGCUACAACAUUAGAACAGGCAGUCCGCAUUUAAAUCCAGCAAUCCGCCAGCAUAUCAAUCUGUAACGUGUGGCUUUUUAGCUUUUCAUACUCAUACUCAUACUCAUACUCAUUUCAUGGCUCAUAGAAAUGUUGUGGGUCGUGUGUGCCGCCCUCCCCGGUGUCUGCGGCAUUAUCACCGACAUAUCAGCAACAUAUCACCAGCGAUAUCGCCUCGACACGAUUGCAAACAAAAACAAAACGAAAAUAAAACAGAACAGAACAGAAAACAGAGGACAGAGGACAGUAAACGCAGCAAACAGGAGUUUUAUGGAGCCCCACGACUCCCGAUCGAGCAGCGAUAUUGUUUGUCAAUAAACGUACGCGCCACAAUUCACCCGUAAUUCAGGCAUAAUACUUGUACAGCUCGGGGGUCGGGUCUUACUUUUACUUUAUUAAUUUAUGAUUCGACUUGAACGCGAAUCGGGAGCUAAACCGCGUAAGCUAAACAUCAACACCCAAGUGGCGGCCUCAGGAGCGCCCGCCCAUUAUGAUAUUUAUCGGCAGCCACUCGACAAAUGUAUUCCCUAAUGGAUUGGCGUCUUCUGCCAAAGUGUCCACUUGAGAGCAGAGCAGAGCAGCAUGUGUGCGACACGAACUUGGAGGAGUGCUGGCCGGUCCAGUGGACAGGUGCCGGUUAGAGAGAACCAGGGGGAUUGGGUGGGAUCGGGAUCCCUAGGAGAAGCUUACUGUUUAAGUUGCCAAUGCAAAUGGGAUGAGUACUAGGAUGUCAGUUACAGUUGGCUACCUAUGAAAGGAGCUUAUAAGCAUGACAAUCACGUAUUAAGUAUCAUUUCACACUAUAUUGGCUGAUCUGCGGGAUCUGGAGAAUCGGUGAGUCCAUUCCGACCACCUGGCUUCACGGUGCACUGCAGCUUUGCCCGCGAAUCGCCCAGAAGAAGACCCAGAAAAAGUGAGAGGUACAUGAACAAAUACGAGAAUGAGCGAAAAGUCAGAUUUGGGGCGUUGUGAGUAUCUCCCGGCUCCCGGCUCCCGACCCCCGGCUGGAAUAUGGAGUAUGGAGUAUGGAGUAUGGAAUAUAUCACUGCGGCCCAGUUAAGUGCAUGUGUGUAGAUACGGUACACACAUAACACAUGUAUAUAUAUACGAAUAUACAAAUAUAUGUGCAUAUGUGUGUGUUCGGGGGCAGCGAUAACUGCAGCUCACACCUACAGGGAUAGCUUUAUCGAUACUCUGUGUACACUAUACACUAUUGAUAUUUGUUCAACUCGGCUGCCUUCGACGCUCUCCUGUUCACUGCGUGUGCUUUGCUUAAUACCUAUUUGACUUUAAUAAGUGAUUGUUGUGUUGUGCCGUUCAAAGAGUCCCCCGUUGCGCCACUCAAGUUCUACGGAAUCGCUUCUCGAAAUCCGGUUCUGCAAUUCUACGCUCCGCUUGUCCGCUUGCUCGCCUGUCCGUUUGUUCGCUUGUCCGCUGAUCAACGGAUCAUCGGGCCUCGAAAUCUUCUGGCGGUGGGUCCAGGCUCCCCGGGGUUAUUCCAUUGCCAGUUCGCCAGUUCGCCAGUUUGCCAGUUUGCCAACGCCAGUUGGCACUUUUGGACGCCGUGUCGCUGAAAGCACUGGAUCGCAGUGAUAGCGGCGCUUGUGGAGCUUGUAGAGCGAGAGAGAGGGAUAGCCAGCGAAGGAGCAAGCGAGAUAGGGCCGCCAACGGACGCUCUCUUUUAACGGACAGAUUGUUGUUUUCCAAGCGACGACGUUUUUAUGGCUUAUUGAAUUUGGCCAGCGGCAGUCAAAAAGCGCGCGCUACGCCUGUCACAACUGCCGGUCGAAGAAGUGUCGAUCCGAUAUAGAAUAUCUGCCGCUAUAUCUUCCGCCAUAUAUCGGAAAAUGUACCUCUCGAUCAAGUGCGCCUGACUUAUAAUAAUCAAAUAUAUCACGCCUUCGUCGCCUAAUUACACUCACCACACACCGCACAUCAAUUAAAAAGUGAUCGCGCAUUAAAAACCCAUCACGAAAUAUAAUUCGUCGACAAAUAGUGUAUUAAAUAAAAUAAUUCAUUUAAUGUGAACCACCGGCAAUUUAACUAACCAACCACCCACCACCCCCACCGUUCAAUUUGUAUGCGCUUUUUUUUUGCUGUUCAAUUUUCUUUUACUGUUACUGUUACUGUUACUGUUUCGCUUGCUGCUCCUUGCGAUUUUCCCGACGGUUCCGAUUUUCCGCACGCGAGAGCCUUAAUUAUGAGCAAUUAUAAUCCGAAUUGCGGUUACUUCGAGGAUUGCAGCUACUACACGAACAACGUGUUUCAACAGGAUUAUUGCAUGCAGACGGAUUACGAGUACAACAAGCAUGUCUACGACUUAUUCGAUGCGAAAGUGCCGUCGUCCCAACGCUCUGGCUUCCAUAUAUCGGACAUCCUGAACCUGGAGGGCUCCGAGCUGAAGAACGCAGCCGCUGCCGCCGCCGCAGCCGCCCAGCAUGGCAGUGACUUGAGCCACCACUCGGCCACCGAGUCCACCAGUGGCCACCGCGGCCAGGGAUCUCACACCUCGCCCUCGGCGCUCUCGCCCACGCCGGCUGGUGGUUCGGUGGACGAGCACCACAAUGGCAGCGGCACGGCGGGCGGAGCGGGAGAAGCGGACCACCACAGCACCACCGAGCAUCACGCCCCUCCGAGCCACGCACAGCAACAGCACCCGCACCACCAGCAGCAGCAGCACCACCACCAGAACCACCACCCCCACCUCCUCCUCCCGCAGCAGCACCACCAGCAGGCGGUGGCCCCACUCCCUUUGGCGCACCACCAGAGCGGCGAGGCCCAGAGCCACGCCCACGCCAACGCAGCCGCCGCCCACCUGCUGGCCAGCCACAAUGCAGCGGCUGCGGCCGCCGUCGCCGCCGGCCAAUACCUGCCCAACCUGCCAAAGAACUUCCCGGGGAGCUUCGGCGACGAGAUGUCCUCGUACCACCACAUGGCCCAGACCAUGCUGCAGCACUCGGGCAGGAGUGCGUGGAUCAAGGAGAACGAGCUAUACGGAACCCAGCAGCCCGCCAGUCCGGAUAGCACCUCGCCAGUGACCUCGGAAGUGUCCUACACCUACAUAGGCUCCAAUUGCCAAACUUCGCCCGCCCUCUCCGGCGACUACAAGAGCUACAGUCGGUCGGCGGACAGCGAUGCACUGUCCGUGGGCGAUGCCCUGCACACCCUCCACGGAUCCUCGGGCAAUGGGGGUGCCGGCGGCGCCACGACCGCCCAUGGGCUGCACAACAACAAUAACAAUACGACGAACAACAACAACCACAGCCUGAAGGCCGAGGGCAUGAAUGGAGCAGGCAGUGGCCACGACGACAGCCUGAACGAGGAUGGCAUCGAGGAGGACAUCGACGACGUGGACGACGCCGACGGGAGUGGCGGCGGGGAUGCGAAUGGAUCCGACGGUCUGCCAAACAAAAAGCGCAAGCGACGAGUCCUGUUCACCAAGGCGCAAACAUACGAGUUGGAGCGCCGGUUUCGACAGCAACGCUACUUGAGUGCCCCGGAACGCGAGCACCUGGCCAGCUUGAUCCGCCUGACGCCGACGCAGGUGAAGAUCUGGUUCCAGAACCACCGCUACAAGACGAAGCGGGCGCAAAACGAGAAGGGCUACGAGGGCCAUCCUGGUCUGCUGCACGGCCAUGCCACCCAUCCGCAUCACCCCAGUGCCCUGCCCUCGCCGCGAAGGGUCGCCGUUCCGGUUCUGGUGCGGAACGGAAAGCCCUGCCUGGGCGACACCUCCAAACUGGGCGCCGACUGCGUUUCCGUGCCCUCAGCCACCGCCACCGCCAUGCAGAAUGCCGCCGCCGCCCAUCACCUGGUGGCCCUAAACGGAGCGGCCGCCUAUCAACAUGCCGCUGCAGCCGCUGCCGGUCUCCAUGCCCACGCCCAUGCCCACGCCCACGCCCAUGUACACGGCCAUCCCCACGCCCACGCCCAGAGGGCCGCCUGGUGGUCCUAAUAUUGCUAGGAGCUGGCAUUCCCGGGACUGGGGGGCAACUGGACUGCAAUAGGCUAACUAGUCCGUGGAGCGAUGAGCCAGAAGCUGAGUAAAAGAAUACACACAAGUAAUUGAAACAUAUGCAAGUCCCCACUUCCCAUUCCCACUACCCACUACCCACUACCUACUAGCGUUUAGUCUCCCGGAUUUUUCCCGAGUCGUUCCUGUACAUAGUUUAUAUAUAUACAAUCAUAUAUAUACCCAAAUGACAUACACACGAGUAUAUCCACUCCCGGAUAUCAGACCAAUGCCCAUGACAAAAGAAAACUACAUUUCCUUCUGAAUAAAAAACCAUUUGCAUUACA